AUGGAACACCCUCACACUCACCCUCUCUCUCACCCACAAUCUCACCCUCACCCGCAUCGCCACCCCUCCCACCACCCCAAGCCUAUACACUACAACAGAGUGCCCAUUGGCGGUCCGGACCGUCCCCCCGUGACCCAGUCUCCAAGCCCCGGCACAAUCUACGCCUCCCCCUCGGGCGACAGGGAGACAUCCUCCUACCCAGUCCCGAGUAAUGGCUCACCGAAGCGAGAGCUUGGCAGUCCUGGCAUCAAGAGGGAGCCGGGGGGCCGUGACGACUCAGACCAGACUGCCGACCGCUCCAGUAUCCUCACGCGCCGGAGCUCCACCGCCUACCCCGACGUAAGCAACGAGGAGAUAAAGCCCGAUGAUGCUACCGAAGAGCCCCAGAGAAAACGACAGAAGCGGAACAAGCCCACACUGUCGUGUUUCGAGUGUGUUGAGAGAAAGACAAAGUGCGAUCGAGGGAGACCUCACUGUCUGGCCUGUAUCAAACGCCAGACCGAGUGCAAGUAUGCCCACGUCGCCAACCUGCUCGAGGAGACGUCGCGCUCGCUCUCCAGCGGCCGGCGCAUGACCAAGCCGCCCAAGAAGAAGUCAGGCCCGCAAGGAGACCCCAGGUCUCCCAUACCAAACAUCGCGGACCGAGGUGUAUUGUCAACUAACACCUGCCUCUCCAAAGCUGCCGUCGCCUUGUCCACGGGUCUUCUCUCCACCGUGCCUUAUUCCUUCGGGACUGGGUCAAACGUCUUUGGUGUGGGCUCAGCGCACCCCUUCGUGAAUGUCUGGAGCUGUGAAGGUCAACUUAACGAGGUGGUCGCCAUGAUGCCCAGCAAGCUGCAGUGCGACAUGCUCAUAAGCCGGUACUUUGAGUGUGUUGAUCCCGUGUAUCCCAUGCUGGACCAGCGGACCUUCUUGGAAGAUUACGAACACUUCUGGUCUCUUCCUCAAGAAAAGAAAUACCAAUUUGACGCGGCCUUUGUCGCGCUGAUCAUGGUCAUGCUGGCGCUCGGUACACAGUUCCUCCAGAGCGGCUUGACCACCACAGCUGACAGGGCUGACGCCGCUGAGAUGCACGCCUCGGCGAGCAACCAGGCCCUGCGCAUGAGCUCUUACCUAAGCACCGCCUCCAUCAGGUCUAUACAGACCAUGGUGCUGCUGGUCUACUUCCUCAUCAACGACAACCAUGCCUCCGAUGGCUGGGCGUUCGCGGGCAUCCUGAUGAGACAGGCAUACGCCAUGGGCCUACACCGCGACCCCAACAUCGUCACACCAAACGCAUCGUUCGCUGAGAAGCAAGAGCGGCGCAAGGUGUGGCAGGCCGUCCUCCUGCAGGACACAUUCCUAACGGUCUUGCUUUCCUUGCCGCCUAACGCUACACACACCGACGUGCACGUGGACGACAUGGUGGACGACCCUUCGGGAUACACGUCGAUCAACGCGUCGACGUCGACGGACCUAGCGUACAUCCGCGGGUCGUGGACGCUAGCGAACCUGGUGCAGGAGAGUAUCUGCUCGCCGCGGUGCCUGGACAUGCCGAUCUGCGCGACGCCGCGGCACAAGACGAAGCUGGUGGCCGACUUCCGGGCGGUGUACCGGUCGUUCCCGGACACGUUCCGGUCGUGGGACGCCGACAGCCUGGCGGCGCUGGCGCAGACCAACAGCCGGGCGGCGCGCCAGACGCUGUGGCUCACCAGCAACUACUUCCACAACGCCAUGCUCGUGCACGCGUCCGAGUCGCCCGACGUCCCCGUCAACGUCCGCGCCACCCUCGAGGCCGCCCACGACGCCAUCAACGCCUUCUUCAUGCUGCACGCCCUGUUCGAGCUCGAGGCCAAGACCUGGUGGGUCUUUAACCACCGCGCCUUCCUUGAGGCCCUGUGCAUCGGGAGCGUCCUCCGUGAGACGGCGAGCGAGCCCGGUGGGGAGGAAGUGGUCAAUAAGGACCAGCUUUUCGUUCGGGGGCGUGGGGAUAUUGCCCGCCUGGUGCACAUCAUGACACGCAUGGGAGAAGGGGAGGACGGGUCCGAGGUUGCUCGGACGAGGGCACAGGUGUUGAGCGAGUUCCUGUGA